CAUGUUCAAAGGUCCCUGCAUCCCUAUAUCUCUCUGCGAAGACCCGUGUAUUCUCCUCCAAGUCCAGUCAUUCAUUGUCCUGUUUCGCACUCUAGAGAAAAAAUAGAAGGAAAAAAAUUCUAAAAAGAUCUCAAGAAGAAAAUGUCUCGCCUCACCUCACUCAUCCUCGUCCUCUUCUCCCUCACAUACCCCAUAGCCGCCCAAUUCGGCUUCUUCGACCAAAUGUUCGGCGGCGGGAAUCAUGGCGGCGGCGGUCACCACCAUGGUGGCGGACACAAUCAUCAUGGUGAGGCGCAGAAUGUGCGGAGCGAUAGUAGUUGGUAUCAGGCGCAGUAUGAAGGCGCACAAUGCUCACACUACCUCUGCCCCGGUACUCUCUCCUGCGUCCAUUUCCCGCAUCACUGCCCCUGCGCAUGGGAAAGUGUAGAAGAUAAAGUUGAGCUGGGCGACGGAAUUGCGAUUUGCGGAUCUAAAGGUGGAUGGAGCGAGGGCGAGUUUGCGAAAAAGGUGGAUUUGGCAAGGAAAGGACUGCUUUGAGUUUUCGUUGGGGGAUACACGAUGCAGAUGGGGGAAUGGUGAUCAAGUUUUGGGGAUUUCGAAUGGAAUAGGCGUCGAAAUUCGAUUCAUACACUCAUGCAAAUGCGCGCCUGGAUCAU